UCAUUCGUUUUGUAUUUAUUUCAUUUCCCAAUAAUUGACUAUUGAAAAUUAUUUAUUUUUAACUUUCGCGUGGCAGCUUCAGUAUUUCACAAUUAGUCGGGGUGUUUGCGCUCAUUCUAUAGUCAAAAAUGUACGCGUUUUGAAUUAAAAUUAAUUAAAGGACAGUUGUUUCGGGAAAUUCGAAGAAAAUCCGGCGAAAAUGGCAAUAGUAGCAGCCGGAUUUAGUUUUCUACUUUCAAUGUUAUUCGUGCCAUUUAUGAUGCUCCUGCUUUCCAUAAUUUUUCUGGCAUCAAUAGGAAAGUCUUUGGGAGUUAGGCGAUUGUACGUGAAAGUUCUACUUAUGAUUUUCGAGUAUGGGAAGAAGGACAUCGAAAUUGCCCAAAAUGAAAAACGAAAAUACACCUCCGACUCCGAGGAUGAAGGCUACAGCGAGGAGGGCGACGUUCCCACUCUUUAUACCAAAAAUAAGCCCCAAAUAGAGAAGAGCACUGCCUUGAAACCGAACGGUUUGACCAAUGGACAUGUGGUGAAUGGUGGAAACAACCUUAUUAGUCGAGAAGACCGACACAUAUUGCUGCCGGAUCCAGUCAACGUCCCAAUGAUCGAUCACAAAUCUGAAGAGAAUGACAUCGAGGAAGAGUUCAAAGAAAGACAAGAGAAAGUUUUCAAUUUUCAACUUUGUACCAUCUUGGACUACACCAAAGCUGGCAUGGAAGCCAUAAUAGAAGACCAAGUGACCUCUAGAUUUGAAACUGAAGAGCUGAAAAACUGGAACCUCCUCAUCCGAACCAAUCGCGGUUAUGAAUUCAUCUCGUGGAAGCUCACCUUCAUAUGGCUUUGUGGAUUUUUCGUACGAUAUUUCUUCCUUCUUCCAUUAAGAGUCACCAUAUGUUUUUGCGGGGUAAUGCUCUUACUAGUAACAACACCCUUUAUCGGCUUCAUACCGCCCGGUAUCCUGAAGCGCUGGGUCCACAGCAAGAUCUACAUGAUGGCUUUUCGGAUAAUAAUCCGAUCGGUCUCUGCUGUUAUUCGGAUACAUAAUCGAAAAUGGCGUCCGCAAGGUGGCGCUAUAUGCGUGGCCAAUCACACCUCGCCCAUCGAUAUAGCAGUUUUGUCGGUCGAUGGUUGUUACUCUUUGAUUGGACAAAGACAUGGAGGCUUUUUAGGGAUACUCCAAAGAGCUUUGGCAAGGGCAUCACCUCAUAUAUGGUUUGAAAGGUCGGAAGUUAGGGAUAAAAAAUUUGUCGUGAAGAGGUUAAAAGAGCAUACGUCAGAUCCUAAAAAUCCUCCCAUAUUGAUUUUCCCAGAGGGUACUUGCAUCAAUAAUACUUCAGUGAUGCAGUUUAAAAAAGGCAGCUUUGAAGUGGGCAGUGUGAUAUAUCCUGUUGCUAUUAAAUAUGAUGCCAGGUUUGGCGAUGCAUUUUGGAACAGCAGCAAAUAUUCCAUGCUUCAUUAUUUGUACAUGAUGAUGACCAGCUGGGCCAUCGUCUGCGAUGUAUGGUACUUACCUCCUAUGCAGAAAAAGGAAGGGGAGAGUUCCAUAGAUUUCGCCAAUAGGGUGAAAAGUGCGAUAGCCAAACAGGGCGGUUUAGUCGAUUUAGUUUGGGACGGCCAGUUGAAGAGGUAUAAAGCCAAAAAAGAAUGGAAAGAGCGACAGCAAGAGGAAUUCAGCAAAAGAUUGAAAGUUAAGAUUCUACGUCAACGCCACAGAUUAUUUAUUAUAUAAAUUAGAGCUGUCCAGUAAAUAUCAGAAAAGGAUAUUUUAUCGAUUCAGGAUAUAAGAUGGGCAGAAAUUUCAAAAAACGUAGCCUUCAAGUAAAAAGAACAAAGAACGUAGCAUACAACAUGACAAAUAAAGGUUUUAUCAUUUUAUAACUAGCUUAUACCCUCGAUUAACUAAAAUAAACGUUUUUUAAAAGAA